UAAAUAUGAUUGGCAAAAAUAUUUCUUUAAUUAUAGUGGCAAAGCAUUAAGCUUAAUUAAUUAAAGAAUUAAUUAACAAGAAUCCCAAGGUCGUCACCUCUAUAUAUCCAAGCCCUUGGAACCCACCAAAGUCCCCCCACCUCCCCUUGAACUCAAAAAUCUCACCAACGCAGAGACAGCUCCAUCAACUGUUACUACACAGAAACACGACCAAACAAACCGCUUCCGUUCUGCCAUGGAAGCCAAGAAGUCGAACAAGAUCAGAGAGAUAGUGAAGCUCCAGCAGAUCCUCAAGAAAUGGCGGAAAAUGGCCAACGCGUCCAAAACCGCCGCUUCAAACAACAACAACAACAACAAUGGCAAUGGAAGCGGAAGCAAAAGCAUCAAGUUUCUGAAGAGGACACUAUCUUUCACAGAUGCAUCAGCUGUUCCGAAAGGGUGUUUAGCUGUUUCGGUGGGCGAGGAGCAGAAGAGAUACACCAUACCGACAGAGUACUUGAGCCACCAAGCCUUCCAGGCGCUGCUGCAGGAAGCCGAGGAGGAGUUCGGGUUUCAGCAAGCGGGCGUGCUGAGGAUUCCCUGUGAAGUGGCCGUGUUCGAGAACAUUUUGAAGAUAAUGGAGGAGAAGAAAGACGGGUACCUCAUGAUUCAAGACUGCAGGUUCAUUGCCGACGAGCCGUUGAGUUACCGUCUUCCCCUUCCCUCGGAUUGUCCGAGAACUCCUUCUCAUCAACCUCACAGCCCCAUGUGCAGAUAGAUAGCUUUGACCCUUCUUCUUUCCCACUCCC